AUGUAUGAAAAAAAAAGGAAAGUUUCAAAAAAACAGAGUGAAAGUAAAAUAUCUUUAUUAAAUAAAAAUAACAAAGCAGAAUUGAGGCUAAAAAAAAAAAGAAAAUUUGAUAAAAUAUUAGAAGAAUUAGAAAACAAAUCAAAAAGACAUUGCAAUUUUAAUAGUAAUUCUAAAAAAACAGAUCAAAUAUUCGACAUAAAUAAGUUAUCAUCAAGUAGUGAUAAUGAUAUAUCAAAUGAUGAAAGUCAUUCUAUAUUAAAAGUAUAUGAGAGUAACAAUAAUCCUGAUAAUAGAAACAACAUUCGAGAAGUUUCUUUAACAGAAAAUAAGAAACAAAAAAAUCAAAAUUCAGAUGAUAAAGAGUCCAAUGUAAUAUAUUUAGGAAGAAUACCACAUGGUUUCUAUGAAUCAGAAAUGAAAAGCUAUUUUAAACAAUUUGGUACAGUAACACGGAUUAAACUAUCACGUAAUAAAAAAACAGGAAAAUCAAAACAUUACGCAUUUAUUGAAUUUGAAUCAGCUAAAAUAGCCAGAAUUGUUGCAAAAACAAUGAAUAAUUAUUUACUUUUUGGUCAUAUUUUAAAAUGUUCAGUGAUUCCUCAAAACAAAAUUCACAAGUCCAUGUUUAUUGGCUCGAAUAAACAAUUUAGACCAAUACCAUGGUCUAAAAUAAUAAAAAAACGCUACGAAGAACCAAAAACUAAAAAACAAUGGAUAAAAUUACAAAAAAGAAAUGACAGUCGUCUUAGAAAAAAAAUGCUUCUAUUAAAAAAAUUAGAAAUUAACUAUGAAUAUCAAAAAGAUAAAGUAAAUAGAUAA